AACCAUGUGUAAAUGUUUAAUAAUAACAACAAAUUGUACGUGUAUUAAUAUAUUGUAUAUUAUUGAAUACCUAUCUGAAAUCUAAGUACAUAUAUUACUUUGCAGUCAAAGUUAACGUAUGACUAGUAGAAGAUGUCAACUUCUGCCCUAAAAUGGGAUAUGAUAAAAACUAUUGGCGAUCAUGAUGUCGUGGAAGACGUCUCAUCAGAUUCUGAUGUCGAAGUUGAAGUAAUUUUAGUUUGAAUUAUUAAACUGUAUUUAACUAAUAUUGAAAUUUAAAAUGCUAUAUUUAUUUAGCACCAACCUAAAAAACAUAAAACGAAAGGUGAUUCACAUUUCGAUGAUGAAUUUAAGUUUUUAUCUGUGGCUUCAGAGUAUAAUCAUGAUACAUGGGAUGAUCUACAAAAGUAUAUAAAACGUAAAGGUACUAAUAGAACGGAUGAAAAAAUAGAAAAAUCACGUAGAUAUGUGAAGUCUUUUGUGAGUAUUUUUAAAACAAUUAUAAAUAGGUUUUUGAAAAUUGACUGAUAUUUAUUAAUAGUUACCUGAUGUUACCACUGAAGACCAUGAAGAUUAUAAUGAAUUAUCAGAUUGUGAUUCUUUGUCUGACGAUGAACUAAAGAAAGGUGUGUUAAUGAAUAUUUUGCACAUAAUUUAAUAACCGAUUUGAUUUUAAUUUGUUUUUCAGAUGGUAUCAAAGAUAGACAAAAGUUAGUUGGUAAACGAAAUAAAAAAAAAAAAGAAGUAGAAGAAAAUAAAAAUGAAAUAAUUGUGGAAGAUACUGACAAAUUUUUUGAAGAUGCACCUCCAUUUGAAGACAAUGCUUCUUUUUAUCAAAUGAAUAUUUCAAGACCUUUAAUGAAGGCUAUAAGUGCAUUGAACUAUGUACAUCCAACACCUAUACAAGCAGCUGCAAUACCUGUAGCACUCUUAGGGAGAGAUAUUUGUGGUUGUGCUGCUACAGGUACUGGUAAAACAGCAGCUUAUAUGUUACCUAUACUAGAAAGACUUUUAUAUAGGCCCAAGGGUUUUACCCCUAUUACAAGGUACAUAAAUGUUAUAAAUAUUAAUAGUUUUUAAAUUUUAACCAGUUAUAUUUUUGUAGAGUUUUAGUUUUGGUACCAACUCGAGAAUUAGGUGUACAAGUGUAUCAAGUUACUAAACAACUUGCACAAUUUACAACUGUUGAAGUUGGUCUUUCUGUUGGUGGUUUAGAACUCAAAGUGCAAGUAAGAUGAUACAAUUUUAUUUAUGUAUUAAUUUAUAUUUUAUAAUUUAGUAUAUUUUAGGAAUCAAUUUUACGAAAAAAUCCUGAUAUUGUUAUUGCCACACCUGGAAGAUUAUUAGAUCAUUUACAAAAUACUCCAUCAUUUUCAUUAUCAGAUUUAGAAGUAUUAGUACUGGAUGAAGCGGAUAGAAUGUUAGAUGAAAACUUUGCUGAUCAAAUGAAAGAAAUUAUAAAUAUGUGUUCUUGUACCAGACAGACAAUGUUAUUUUCAGCUACUAUGACUGAUGCUGUCAAUGAUCUUGCUUCUGUUUCAUUAAAUAAACCUGUUAAAAUUUUUGUUGAUAGCAAUACUGAUGUAGCUUUUAAUUUAAGACAAGAAUUUGUAAGGUAUAGAAAAAUGGAAAAAAAACAUUGAUAAACUUGAAAUAUUAAUAAUCGAUAUCUUUGCUAUAGAUUACGCCAAGGAAAAGAACAAGAUAGAGAUGCAACUUUAGCAGCCUUAGUAUGUAGAACAUUUAGAGACCAUACCAUGAUAUUUGUACGAACUAAAGCAGAUGCCCAUCGAGUGAAAAUUCUACUUGGACUUUUUGGUUUAAAAGUAAAAUGAAAAAACUGAUAUAUUAUCAAUAAAGUUCAUUAUCUUAAUUGAAAUAUAUGUUUAGGUUGGUGAAUUACAUGGAAACUUAUCUCAACCUCAAAGAUUGGAAGCAUUACGUAAGUUUAAAGAUGAAGAACUCGAUUUAUUAAUUGCUACAGACGUUGCUGCUCGUGGUUUAGAUAUUCGAGGAGUUAAAGCUGUUAGUUGAGUUACAUAUUUUUUGAUAAUAAAUUCUCAUUAGAUAUAAUUAAGAAAUGAUCAAUAUAUUUAUAAUUAUUGCAUUAACGUUCAAAAGUAUUUUAAAUUAAUCUGCAAUCAUUUUUGUUUUUAAAUAUUUAGGUUAUUAAUUACACCAUGCCGCCAACUGUUGAACAUUAUAUUCAUCGAGUCGGUAGAACGGCUCGAGCAGGUCGAUCUGGCGUUUCUGUUUCAAUAGCAAGUGAAAUAGAUCGAAAAGUUUUAAAAGAUGUGAUAAAAAAAGCAAAACACCCAGUAAAAAAUCGGGUUAUUCCUAUUGGUAAAUAUAUUUUAUUUUUUAAAUGAUGUGUUUAAUAAAUAAUAAUAACCAUUUAAAUAUGUAAAUACAUUUUAGAGAUUUUAGAUAAGUACAAAGUACGUGUAGAUUCUCUUAGAAAUGAGGUUAAAUGUAUUAUGCAUGAAGAGUAUGAAGAACGACAAAUGAGCCGAACCGAAGAAUUUGCUGAAAAAACUGAAAAAAUGGCAAAAACAAGUAUAAGCACUCUGAUUAAAAACAAAGAAGAAAAAAAAAGAGAUUGGUUUCAAACACAAAAAGAAAGACAAGACGCUAAAAGUAAAUUUUAAGCUAAAUAUUUUGUUAUUAAGGGAUGUGGUAAAAUUUAUCAAGGUCAAUUUAAAAGGUUUACAUAAUCUACAGUGAAUUAUUUGUAUAAUUCUUUAAUUCAAAUAUUUAAAUGCUCUAAUUAUAAAAUAAUCAAAUCAGAUUUUUAAAAAUUAUCUUUAUAACAUAUAUUACUUUGAAAUGUUCAAUUAAUUAUUAUCUAUAAAUAUUUGUCUUAAAAUACAAUUUAUCAAGUAAUUAUAAGUAAGCUGUUUACUGGUGUCUCAUUUGAUUUGUGUUCAUCACAUGAUAUUAUGAUGUAUUUUCAGAGAGAUCACGAGAAGCUUUUUCAUCAAAAAUAGAGAAAAAUAUAAAAAAAAAAAAGAAGAAUGACGAAGAUAAAGGUAGUAAUGAGGAAGAAAUUGAAAAUCAAAAAAAAUUGCAAAGAACUGCCAAUUUCCAAGCUAGAAGUGCAAAAAAUAAAAUGAAACCUAAAAAGAUAAAUGCAAUGUCCAAUUUUGAACAAGGUUUGUAAGAAGUUUUGUUUAUUUUAAUUUAAUUACAAAAUACACAUCUGUGGGUAUUUCAAUGAGUUUGACAAUGUCUAUUAAUUAUUUUUAAUAAUACGUUAAGUACACUAAACUCAUAAGUAAAAAAAAAUAUAAUAUUGAGAGAGUGGGAAAUUACUAUAAAUAAUAUGAUGCAGAAAUAGAAAGAGCUAAAGUAAAAAUCAUGUGAUGUAUGUAUAGGAUAUUUGGAAAUAAUAUUUUAAUAAUUUUCUUAUUAAUUUUGUCAUUAAAUUUAAUUUUACAUAAUAAUUAACUAUUUACAUUACAGGUAAAUUUUUGUCAAAGUCUUCUGGUAGUAAACCAAAAAAAGGAGGGUCUGUUUUUGACUCGCAGUUUACAGAUGUAAGCAAGUCUGGUGUUAAAAAGUAUAGAUACGAGUAAGUACAUAAUAUUGGGUAAACUUUUUUAUGAAUGAUAUAUAUUCAUUAUAUAACUAAGAAAAAGGCAAUAUUACUGUUUACAUUUUAAAUUAAAAUGUUGAUUUAUUAUAUUAUAUUAAUAAUUAGGUUAUGAUCAACCAGAAUGAAUAUGAAAAUACAUACUAAUUCACACUUUUGGAAAUUUUAAAUAACAAUUGCUAAUAAUCUAAUUAAUUUUGAUGUAUUGCAAUUUAAAAUUUUCUAGAAAAUAUUCGUUUUUGAAAUGUAUAACAAAAGUUAAUAAUAUAGUUUGUAUACCUUUUAAUGUUAACAAACUGUAAUAUGUUGAAAAAUAUAAAUAAUCAUCGAUAGAAUUGUAUCAUAGAUAAUAAAAAAAUGUAUUAUCUAUGGUAUCAUCAAGUAUUUUAAAGUUUUAAUUUCUUUAAAUUAAAAAUAAAAGUAACUAGUAAAAAAUAAGUAUAUUAAAUUACUUUAUUAGGAAUGCUGUAGUGGAGGGUAUAAGCUGUAUACCUAUUACUUAAUGAUAAUUUUGAAUAUACACUGUAUACCUUCUGGAUAAAAUCAUAUACUCUCUAUUGUAGUGAAAUCGCAAAAAAUAAUAUACAGCUAUUUAUUUAUUAUUAUCAUUUUUGGUUGGUUGCAAAAACUAAGACUUACAAUGAAAUUAAUUUUAACUGUUAAACAAACAAUAUUAUACUCUCUUGCUUUUUUAACUACUUUAGCACUGUUUAUUAGGUAUUAUUUAUGAUCUUACUUCAAAUGAAUCUUUUAAGGUGUAUACAUUAUAUUAAAAUAUUUGAUUAUUAUUAGGGCUAAUCAAGCUAAACGAAUGUUGGCAAAAAAGAAAUCUGCAUUAAAUCAGAAAAAUCAAAAAGGAAAAUCAGUCUCUUCAAAGAAACCAAGUUUCAAAAGCAAGGGAGGCAAAAGAAGAUGAAUAAUUCAUAAAUAAUAAAAUUGUAUAUUAUAUAUUUUUUGUGUCUA